GCGGCGGAAAGUUUGCAGAGUGGCUGGCGGCGGUGGCGGCGCUGCGGCCCCCUCCCGCUUUCUGUCUUUACUUUUUUUACAGCGCCCCCCGCUCCCACCGCCUCCCGCCCUCGGUGGCCACUCCGGGGUAUGAGCGGGAGCAGCCACCCGCACUGAGAAGCAGGAGGUCGCGUCGCGCCCCGCUCCGCUCUGUCAGUGGGGGAACGCCAGGGACGGGAGCGCGGGCAGCGGCUCUGAGCCCGCCAUGCCCCGCCGGCCCCGCGGGGCGCCCGCCGCUCUCCCGGCGCUGCUGCUACUGCUGCUGGGCGGCGGCGCCGCCUCCGCCCGCUGCCCCGCACCCUGCCGCUGCGCCGGGCACCUCGUCGCUUGCAGCCGCCUGGAGCCGAGCCGGCUGCCCGAGCAGCUGCCGCGGGGGGCGGUGCAGCUGGACUUAAGUCACAACAAAUUAUCUUCAAUCAAGACCAGUCUCUUGGAUCACCUUCAUAGUCUUCAGGAAGUGAAGCUGAACUACAAUGAACUGGAGAUCAUUCCAGAUCUGGGACCAGUCUCUGCGAAUAUAACUCUUCUGUCUUUGACCAGUAACAAGAUUGCCAAUGUUUUGUCUGAACAUCUGAAGCCAUUUCAGAGUCUAGAAACUUUGGACUUGAGCAACAACAACAUAUCAGAACUAAAAAUGUCAUCAUUUCCAUCAUUACACCUCAAGUAUCUAUAUCUUAACAAUAAUCGAAUAACCUCCAUGGAGCCUGGUACCUUUGAUAACUUGUCUACCACACUUCAAGUAUUGAAACUGAACAGGAACAAAAUUUCAGCAAUCCCUCAGAAGAUGUUUAAACUCUCCCAUCUGCAGCACCUGGAGCUGAAUCGCAACAAAAUUAGAAAAAUAGAUGGGCUUACUUUCCAAGGACUUCCAGCUUUGAAAUCAUUAAAGCUGCAGAGAAAUGGAGUUACGAGGCUCAUGGAUGGUGCUUUCUGGGGAUUGACCAACAUGGAAGUCUUGCAGCUGGACCAUAACAACUUAACAGAGGUAACCAAAGGCUGGCUUUAUGGCUUGCUGAUGCUGCAGCAACUCCAUCUCAGUCAAAAUGCCAUCAGCAGGAUCAGUCCUGAUGCCUGGGAAUUUUGCCAAAAACUCAGUGAGCUAGAUUUGACAUUCAAUCAAUUAGCAAGGUUAGAUGAUUCAAGCUUCAUUGGUUUAAGCGUGCUGGUUGGACUAUACAUUGGAAACAACAAAGUAAAUUACAUUGCUGAUUGUGCCUUCAGGGGACUUUCCAGUCUACAGAUUUUCUUUUGUGGUUUGAUUUCCCCAUCCCUCUUAAACAGGGAUCUGAAAAACAAUGAAAUAUCCUGGACUAUUGAAGAUAUGAAUGGUGCUUUCUCUGGCCUAGAUAAACUUAGGAAGCUGAUGCUCCAAGGAAACAGGAUUAGAUCCAUUACAAAGAAAGCAUUUUCUGGUUUGGAUGCACUUGAACACUUAGAUCUAAGUAACAAUGCAAUUAUGUCAGUUCAAGGAAAUGCAUUUUCACAAAUGAAGAAACUCAAAGAAUUGCACUUCAACACAUCGAGUCUCUUGUGUGACUGCCAGUUAAAAUGGCUACCACAGUGGAUGUCAGAGAACAGCUUCCAGAGCUUUGUAAAUGCCAGUUGUGCCCAUCCUCAACUGCUAAAAGGGAGAAGUAUUUUUGCUGUCAGCCUGGAUGGGUUUGUCUGUGAUGAUUUUCCUAAACCACAGAUCACCGUACAGCCAGAAACCCAGUCAGCAAUCAAAGGCUCCAAUUUGAGUUUUGUGUGUUCGGCAGCCAGCAGCAGUGAUUCCCCAAUGACUUUUGCAUGGAAGAAAGACAAUGAAUUACUGCAAGAUGCUGAAAUGGAGAAUUAUGCACACCUCCGGGCACAGGGCGGUGAAGUGAUGGAGUACACUACCAUCCUUCGACUGCGCAACGUUGAGUUCAGUAAUGAAGGGAAAUACCAGUGUGUUAUUUCAAAUCACUUUGGUUCAUCUUACUCUGUGAAAGCCAAACUUACAGUAAACAUGCUACCUUCAUUUACAAAGAUCCCCAUGGACUUAACCAUUCGAGCUGGAGCAAUGGCACGUUUGGAAUGUGCUGCAAUUGGGCAUCCUGUCCCACAGAUUGCUUGGCAGAAAGAUGGUGGAACAGAUUUUCCUGCAGCGCGCAAGAGGCGCAUGCAUGUCAUGCCUGAAGAUGAUGUAUUCUUUAUUGUUGAUGUAAAGAUUGAGGACACAGGUGUUUAUAGCUGUACAGCUCAAAACACUGCUGGAAGCAUUUCAGCUAAUGCAACAUUAACAGUACUAGAAACACCAUCAUUUUUGCGGCCUUUGAUGGAUCGAACUGUAACAAAAGGGGAAACUGCAGUCUUGCAGUGUAUUGCUGGUGGGAGUCCUCCACCCCGACUGAACUGGACUAAGGAUGACAGCCCUCUCGUGGUAACAGAAAGACAUUUCUUUGCUGCAGGCAAUCAGUUACUAAUUAUUGUGGAUACAGAUGUAGAAGAUGCUGGAAAAUACACCUGUGAAAUGUCUAAUACGCUUGGGACAGAACGCGGCAACAUCCGUCUUAAUGUAAUUCCUACUCCCACUUGUGAUUCUCCUCAAAAUGUUGCCCCAUCACUUGAUGAUGAUGGAUGGGCCACAGUUGGCAUUGUGAUCAUAGCUGUGGUUUGCUGUGUGGUGGGCACUUCCUUGGUGUGGGUAAUCAUCAUCUACCACACAAGAAGGAGGAAUGAAGAUUGCAGCAUCACAAAUACAGAUGAAACAAAUUUACCUGCUGACAUUCCCAGUUACCUGUCAUCCCAGGGGACACUAGCUGAAAGGCAGGAUGGAUAUGGCUCAUCUGAAAAUGGCAGUCAUCAUCAGUUCCUCACUUCUUCUGUGGGAGGGUAUUUCUUGCAGCAGAGAGACAGUAAUGGCAUUUGCCAUCUAGAUAACAGCAGUGAAACAGACUUGGAGGGUGUUGCAGAUCCAUUCCUAUGCCACUAUCUGGGGACUUCAGGGACUUUGUAUUUAAAAGGAAACACAUAUAGUUCUGAUGCAUUUGAAGCAUACAAUGCAAGUUGCAACCCUGACCAAAGAACGGCAUGCUUGGAUCCUUAUGAGUCUGGAUAUUUAAGGAAAAAGGAAUGCUAUCAAUACUUGCCUCCACUGGAUGAUCCCUUUGACCAGUGUGUUGGCAUUAUCGGGAUGCAGGCUGCAAGUAGCAGAUUGAUUAAUUCUAUUUAUACUCAAAAUGAAGGAACUGGAUUAAAAAGCAAAAGUCUGAACUUGGACGCAUUUGAUUUAAACAGAAGUUUGGAACCCUCAUCUGUUAUGAGUAACAGCACUUUCAUGGGAACAUUUGGAAAGCCUUUAUGGAGGCCUCAGCUGGACACUCUUUCAAGUUGUAGGCAGCCAGCAAAUUGCCAACCAAAAACCUCCCGUAAUAAUCAUCAUGCCUCACUGGACUUUGAUGCAGAGGCAGAUGAAGAGGGAAAGGAAAGGACAGAUUCUAGAGGAGAAAAUAGCUUUUAUACUUGCAAACAAUCAUUUGAAAACUUUAGGACUUCUACUUUCCAAUCCUGUGAUUUGGAUACAUAGCUCUUUUUGGACUUGCUAUUGAUUUCUGGAACCAAAGAAAUACUUUGACAUACUACUACCUCAGUAUGAAACUUUAUUUAAAAAGAGACUAAGGAAAAGAAGAAGGAAAGAAAGAAACCACAUGAUGCUAUGAAUUCUGAAGAAAAAAAUGUAUUUUUAUUCCAAUAAAGCAUAAUUGCCAAAGUGCUCUUCGUUUGUUGUACUGAAAAAACAUUCCUUAUAAAAAUACUAUAUUUGUAAUUAUUUUAUAGCUUUUUUAAUGCAAAUAUAUUUUGUAAAUUAAUGGUGUAAAUAAUACAGCACAUGUAUUUCUAUGUCAGACUUCAUUUUAUUGAAAUGAGCAGUAAGCAUUCUAAUUUUUUACUGUUACUUGUACCUUUUUACAAAUGGAAACUCCAUGCUGUUUGCAGGUAUCAUGCAUCUUAUUUGCACAUUACUUUUAAUAAAAUCUGCUGCUGUGUGGUCUCUGACCCACAUUAGUGUAUGAAGAAUGAACAGUGUGAAUUACGUUUCUAGACAGUGUUUUCUGAUGCAUGUUUGCACCUUUGUUUGACCUAAACUUGUACCUUUAGAUUUACUGUGUAAAAUAUGUUCAUCUUCAAAGAGUUGGUGUGGUCCUGCCAUGGCUGCUGGAAAAGUGGCUUGAAGCUAUUUCAACCAAAAUAAGUAUGCAAGUCUUUUCCACUUAGCGAAUUUCCACUGUGCGCACACGCUCCCAGUUUUCGUGCACACAAGGCUGUAGUACUGCCAGUUUUUCCAUGCCUGUGUUGUAGUGUGCCUGCAUUUGUUGGAGGAUAUACACAGUAGAUGCACAAAUUCAUAUCAAGCUAUUCAGUAGAAGAAGAAAAAAGGCACUGUAUAUCUACCUGGUAACACUGCUCUUUUCUGAGCGGGUUAGUGUUCAGUGUUUGCCAAAUAUGCAGUGCAUGCCUGAGUCUUUGCUUUCCCAUACCCUUUCUCCCUCCUUUUUUGCUUCUACGACCACUCCACGCCCAACAUGAGAAGGCAAUCCAAGUACAAGAUAAUGUUUACUUUGGUUUAAUUUGUGCUUCUGUUCCUUACUUGGCUGCCUUUCUCUGGUUAUAAAUGAGAUCUGUGGUCGGUCAAGUUGAACAAUUGUGAAUUCUUGCUGGAUUAUAUUUACAGUAAUGAACACAAUAUCUUCAACUCUAAGAAGUUGGAGAAAGAGGAUUGCUUAUUAUAACAUAGUAAUUAAAACUAAGUGAAAACACUCUAUUUUGGUUUUCUGUGUAUGGAUACCUACUAUUUUAAAAAUCUGUGAAUCUUGUUGUCAUCACUCCAUUAGAACAGUGAGAUUCUAAAGUGGUUACUAUAGGAGAUUGGCUUUUUAAAUCUGUCUGCUUUGAAGGUGCAAACUUACAUGGUUGCCAGAUAUCUUCUUUUAAACUAAAUUAAAUGCAGCUGUUAAAGUAGGCCAUCACAGGCAUCAUGGCUAAAGCUCGAGCAAAGAUUUCAUUGCCUGGUGUAGCUGAGUUAAGGGCUUUUAGUUGUAGCCAGAAACCUGGUACCCAGAUUGCAAUGCAAUUUCCCUUUACUUUAGGCACCAGUAUUAGAGACAGGAAGUUAAUCCAUCCUUGGUUGCUGGUGGUCUAAGUGUACAGAGUGGAUUUUGCGUGCUUUAGUUGAUUAUAUUGCCAGAUUUUUUGACUUAUUGUUAAUUUGUCUUCAUUGCUGCCAGAUGUGCUGAUGUGCUGACAGACAUUGAUAUGGGUGUUUGAUUAUAAUUAAGUGCAUUUGAAAGAGAUUAAUUUUUCGUGGGUUAAACAAAAGCUAUAAGUCAAUAAGGCAAGAAAUCUUAAAUUUUAUUCACUCGAUAGCUCUCCUUUUGCUCCCCCUCAACCCCCUUCCCCACUGACCCCUUUUUUAGGGAGAGAAGAGCUGGGGGCUGUAAUAAGCUCGUGUUUGUAACCAAACAUCGCCUUUUUGACAUAUUAAAAAGCAACAAAGUUA